AUGACAAGUACUUUUUAAGAAAGGUUUAAAGGCAAAACUUCUUUAAUGACAAAGGAAGGUGUAGAUGGAGUUAUUAAGGAUUCGGAUAAUCCAAUUAGGAAAAUUAAUGAAAGACUACCAAUGUAAAUGGAGGAUUUUACUGGAGCAAACAGAUAUUAAAACUAAAAGAAAGAGGCAUAAACAUUCGAUAUAAACCGCCCAUUUUUUAGUCCAGACAGAAUAUAAAACCAAAAUAUUUAUUCAGUAACAUAUAGCAAACCUAAUAAGAGUGUAGAUUAACAUCUCCUCGUCCAUAACUAACAUCUGCCACCAAUUUAAGGAAUGUACCAACAAAAUUUACCUCCGAAAUAUCCUUAGUAGAUUAAUGUUAUUUAGUAUUAGCGAUCUCCAGUCAUGAAUGAAAUGGAUAGUAUCGAUCAACAAAUGGAAUAAAUAAAAUACUAGCAGCAAAUGUAAAAUCAGAUGUAGCAGUAAAUGUAGUUUUAGUAGGGAAGUCGCUAAGCUCUGAAUUCAAACUUUAUGACUCCAAAUAAUAAAACGCCCAUAAUGAAAUAAACAUUUUAAACAGAUAAUGGAAUUCAAACAUAUUAAAGUAACUAAAAUCCAAAAUAAGCUUCAAGCUUAAAUAGCAUUAAAAGUAAUCCUAGUGAAUCAGGAAAAAAAAUUUAUGCACCAAUUUCUGCCAACUUAAAUAAUAGAUCUUAGUAGCCUUAAUAAGUUCUGCAAGCAAUACCUUUUAAGGGACUAAAUUCUGCAUAAAGCUCUAAUUCUACAACUUCAACCCUUUAGCCUAAGAAUAUAGCUUAUCAAAAGGAGUCAAUUGAUUCUAAAUAUUCAAAUGGUAGUUAAUUUAAUAACAUUCAAGCUAAAAAUGGUUAUAAUAUGAUUUAUAAUAACUUAAAUAAUUCUUACUAGUAAAACUCUAGAGAAAUGCUGCAACCACCAACCUACGCAAAUUAUGGAUAACCUUUACUUAUAAAUUAGCAAUCGUAACCUUAGCAACCAUUUUAUUAAUUCAAUAAUAAUGGUUAAUUUAAUAACUUGCCUUAAUUGUCAGCUUAAAAACCUUACAGUUAAUAGCCUUAUUAGAUGCCUUAAGAUCAUCCUGAUUUUAAUACAAGAGCAUAUUCAGCCAAAUUUAAGAUAAAAACACUUGAAAAAUAAGAAAACGGGGGCUUUUAAUAGAAUGAUAAUUAAUACGAAGAAGCUCCUUUUUUGAAAGAAUAGAAGAAAACAGAAGUUAAAAGAAUAAGGAAUUAAUCUAGAGAUAACACCAAUAAAAGUCUGAAUGAAAUGCCUUCUUCCAGUAAUAGUUUGAGCAACUAUAAACCCUAUACAUUAAAUGAGUAUAAAAGUAUUUAAAAGAACGCUAAUUAUAAGUUAGGAGGUCUAGGACCAAAUGUUGGAAAUGAAGAUUGGCAACAAAAAAGAGAGUAAUUAGAGAAAAGAUAGGAAUUUGCAAAACAAAUACAGUAAAUUAACUCUUAGAUUUUGAAAUCUCAAUAAGAUUAAGGUAAAGUUGCAGCCAUAAAAUUCAACAAAGAUACAUCAUCAAGAGAAAAAGCAUUAGAAUUUGCUAAGAAUAUACCUAAACCUUAAGUAAUUCCAACAAAAGGCACAUAAUCCACUAACACUUUAGGAGCAAAUAAUACUCUCCCAUAGUAGUAAUAAAUUUAGCAAUAAAGUUUUAAAGAAAAGGGGAAAGAAGAAAGAAACGUUUAUUCAUCUAUUAAUAACUAUUAACAAAGCAAAGAUCCCUAUUAAGAUGAAUAAGAAAACUAACCAAAUUUAAGUAUUGGAUUGAAUUAAGAAAUAGAUUUUCACGAGCAGUAGCAUCUAGAAUUUUUAAAUUAAAUUGAGAAAAUGACAAAAUGA